UCCAAUCCACAAAGAUGGCCGAGGACGAAACAGCAACUCACAAAACUUUGGAGGUUCAGGAUUUCCAUCCUCAAAAGAAGACCGCAAGAAACAAGUUUGCUCUCGCUUGUGCCAUUUUGGCAUCCAUGACUUCCAUUCUACUUGGUUACGAUAUUGGAGUGAUGAGUGGAGCGGCUCUCUAUAUAAAAAGAGAUCUCAAGCUCUCCGACGUGCAAAUCGAAAUCCUUAACGGCAUCAUAAACCUCUACUCUCCGAUAGGGUCAUAUAUCGCCGGCGGAACCUCCGAUUGGAUUGGCCGCCGUUACACAAUCGUUCUCGCCGGCGUAAUCUUCUUCGCCGGAGCCAUUCUCAUGGGAUUUUCCCCCAACUAUGCCUUUCUCAUGUUUGGCCGCUUCGUCGCCGGCAUUGGCAUCGGCUUCGCCUUCCUCAUUGCUCCGGUCUACACCUCCGAAAUUUCCCCAACUUCCUCUCGCGGUUACCUCACUUCCUUUCCAGAGGUUUUUCUGAAUGGAGGGAUUUUAAUUGGAUACAUCUCAAACUACGGGUUUUCUAAGCUUCCACUUCGCUUGGGUUGGCGACUCAUGCUUGGAGUCGGAGCCAUUCCUUCUAUAUUCCUAGCCGUGGCUGUGUUAGCCAUGCCAGAGUCGCCAAGGUGGCUUGUAGCCAAGGGUCGGCUAGGGGAAGCCAAAAAAGUUCUGAACAGAAUAUCGGAUUCGAAGGAAGAGGCUGGGCUAAGGCUAGCCGAUAUUAAAGAAACGGCUGGAAUUCCUCAGGACUGCGACGACGACGUCGUUUCAGUAACGAAGCAGCAAGGCAAAGGCGUGUGGAAAGAACUGCUACUAUAUCCAACACCCGCAGUUCGUCACAUCUUCAUUGCGUCCCUUGGGAUUCACUUCUUUGCGCAGGCCACGGGCAUAGACGCUGUCGUUUUGUAUAGCCCAAGAAUCUUUGAGAAGGCUGGGAUCAAAUCCGAUACGAACAAGCUUCUGGCAACCGUGGCUGUUGGGUUCGUGAAAACCGUUUCGAUUUUAGUAGCGACGUUUUUGUUGGACCGGGUCGGGCGACGUGUGUUGCUGCUAAGCAGUGUUAGUGGGUUGAUUUUCUCACUUGUAACCCUUGCGGUGAGUCUCACUAUUGUGGACCGUUCACGGACUACGCUAACGUGGGCCAUUGGGCUUAGCAUUGCAUCAGUAUUGUCCUACGUGGGCACGUUUUCCAUUGGGUCGGGGCCCAUCACGUGGGUUUAUAGCUCCGAGAUUUUCCCGCUAAGGCUGCGCGCUCAAGGUGUGGCUAUUGGAGCUGCGGUGAAUAGACUCACUAGUGGGGUUAUCUCAAUGACUUUUCUGUCCCUCUCUAAAGCCAUCACCAUUGGAGGCGCCUUCUUUCUCUUCGCCGGCAUUGCAGUGGCCGCGUGGAUCUUUCACUACACACUGCUCCCUGAAACACGAGGCAAAACACUUGAGGAAAUUGAAGGUUCGUUCGGUAAUUUUCGCAGGAAAUCCAACGCCGUCCAAGUUAACGGUAACCGCCAAAUUCAGUCAAGGACCAAUGACCAGACUUCCACAAAUGUCGAUUAGGUUAGGAUGCAGGAGUUAUAUGUUGAUAUUAAGUUAUCCAAAUUUUUUUUCCAGGAGCCGUUACGAUGGAUCGUAGAUUUCACAGUUAAAUGUUUGUUCCUCUUGAUAAAAGCAU